AUGACUUCCGACGAGGAACUCCGGGAAAAGGAGGCGCCAGCACCAGUAUCCGACGACGAACAGCUCUCAAAAGAUCCCGCAGAUGAAGGCGCCGCUCUCGAACAAGUUACCAGUAAAGCCGAGGUCUACCCUACCGGUGCAAAACUCGUCUCAGUGCUCCUGAGCGUUUACCUUACCAUUUUCCUGGUUGCUCUUGAUCGAACAAUUAUCGCCACCGCCCUUCCCAAGAUUACGGACGAGUUCAACAGUUUUGGAGAUGUCGGCUGGUACAAUGCCGGCUUCCUACUUCCCACCACCGCCCUACAGCUUUUCUUCGGCCGUCUCUACACCUUCUACUCACCCAAAUGGAUCUUCAUCAGCCUUGUGGUGGUCUUCGAGAUAGGCUCCGCCGUAUGUGGGGCUGCUCCAAAUUCGGUCGGCUUCAUCUGGGGACGUGCCGUCGCUGGUCUUGGGGCUGGAGGUCUGUUCAACGGCGCCAUGAUUCUGAUGAUGUAUGCUGCCCCCAUGUCGAAGCGACCGUUUUACAUGGGCCUGAUCGGCGCCGUGUUCGGUGUGGCUUCGGUUGCAGGACCCCUGCUCGGAGGUGUAUUUACUACUAAAGUGACUUGGAGAUGGUGUUUUUACAUCAAUCUACCCAUUGGGGCCAUCGUCCUGGUUUUCCUCUUCUUCGCCAUUGAUAACACGGCCCCAGCCUUGGGCCAUCUUCCGUUCAAGGAAAAGUUUUCGCGCAUCGAUAUUCCGGGUACAUUGAUCUUCGUCCCUUGCGUUGUCUGUCUGCUCUUGGCCCUUCAGUGGGGCGGUCAGACAUAUGCAUGGUCUGACGGUCGAAUCAUCGCACUGUUCGUUGUGUUUGGUGUGCUCCUCAUGGUGUUUAUCGGCAUCCAGAUCUGGCGCCAAGAGGCUGCAACGGUACCCCCACGCAUCAUGAAGCAAAGAACCAUCCUGGCCGGCACCCUCUACUCUUUCUUCCUCGGGUCUUCGUUCAUGAUCGUCAUCUACUACCUUUCCAUAUGGUUCCAAGCAAUCAAGGGCGACUCGGCGAUCAGGUCCGGAUUCUCGACCCUUCCAUUCAUUCUCAGUUUGGUUGUAGCGUCGAUUUUCUCCGGCACUCUCGUCAUGAAACUCGGAUAUUACAACCCAUCCAUCCUCGCUGGCGCCACCCUGGCGCCCAUCGGUGCAGGAUUGGUCACCCUUUUCACACCGACGACCGCACACCCCAUGUGGAUUGGUUGCCAGGUCAUAUAUGGAUUUGGAAUCGGACUCGGUCUUCAACAAACCAACAUUGCAGCCCAGGCGGUCCUUCCUAAAAAGGACGUCCCCACCGGUAUGUCCGUCGUCUUCUUCGGACAGGGUCUCGGUGGUACGAUCUCUGUCGCCAUCGCACAGAAUGUUCUUGACAACAAACUCAUCUCGGGGCUUAAGAGUCUGCCAGGCAAUACACCGAUCAAUGUUGCGGAUCUGGGUGCGACAGACCUAAGGAACGUAUUCAGCGCAGAACAACUGCCAGCUGUGAUCAAGGUUUACAACCAUGCGCUCAUCGUGGUCUUUUAUAUUGGACUGGCUUAUGCGUGCACAGCCAUGGUCCCCGGUCUUUUCAUGGAAUGGAAGUCGACAAAGGGGCCGAAGCCUGUGAAGGAAAAGGAAGGUACUGAAGCGCCAGCAUAG